CGAGCGCUGCGACCAGAUCUAUUGUAAAUAUCAACAACUAAUACUGCGAGUAUGUACAAGUACGCUCUCAUAGUGACGGCGCUGUUCGGUCUUACCGUCUGCGAGGAGAGACCUCAUAAGACCCAGUAUGUUGACCCUUUCGCGAUGAUCGAUCGGCAUCUCACGCAUUCCCUCGCCUACCAUUACCUGUGGCCGUGGAGUCAACUCAUCAGAGCCGCGGCGGCUCUGGACGUAGAGGAGAGUUUGGAAGACCCACAGAUUAUCUCUGACUCGGAAAAAUAUCAAGUCAAUCUCAGUGUCCGGAGAUUUAAGCCGGAGGAAUUAAAAAUUAAAGUCAAGAAUCGAUACAUCAUAGUCGAAGGAAAACACAAAGAACAAGAUAAUGAUAAAAAAAUCAUGGCAAAUCACUUUGUGCAACGAUUCGUGCUACCACCAGGAACAAAACAAGAAGAAGUUACAGCUGUCUUGAACGAAAAAAAUAUUUUAACGAUCUCGGCUCCCAAACAUGAAAUACCACCUCCACCUCCAGAGAGAGAAGUUCCCAUUGAAGUUCUGUCGAAGACGGAAGAGACAGAAGGUCAGACGGAAAAAAAUAAACUCGAAAAACAAACGCCGUCUCCCGUCAUAGAGACGUCGGCGACGCCUGAAGAACAAGUCGACCCAGAGGCGACGACACACAUCGGAAAAAUAAGAAAGAAGGAAUUGAAAACAACGACAAAAGCGACCAAAUAUAACGAAGCCACGAAAAGUAUCGAAAGCAACGGAUUGGAUUAUGGUGUCGUUGAAGGUGACGAGUGAACGAUUACUGUAAGACAAUGAGAAAAGACUGAUGCGGGCUUUAGAGUGAGCGCUGACCCCGCCAGCUCUCUAGUAGUGAUGUGAUUCCGUGAUUUAUUAAAGAUAAUAGUUUUAGUAAUAAAUAUGUUAUUUAUUA